AUGGACAAGGACGCGAAGCUGUCGGCCCUCGAUGCCGAGAAGCAGCCUAUCCAGGCCGGUGCCACUGAGCAACUUGAACGCGGGCUCAAGAGCCGCCAUCUUCAAUUCAUUGCUAUAGGGGGCACGGUUGGUACUGGGGCUAUCACAUACGCAUUGGAGCUUACUGCGGCUGGCCUCAUCAUCCAGUAUUGGAACGCUGAUCUUAGCAUCGGCAUUUUCAUCGCUGUAUUCUGGGUCUUCUUCACUGCCAUGAACUUCUUACCAGUACGAUGGUUUGGUGAACUGGAGAUGUGGUUCUCCAGUAUCAAAGUCGUCACGAUCCUAGGCUUUCUCAUCUUCGGUAUAUGUAUCGAUGCUGGCGUCGGCAAGCAAGGGUAUCUCGGUUUCCACAAUUGGACGUCACCCGGGCCGUUUUCAGAGUACAUGGUCUCCGGCUCAUCCGGAAAGUUUGUCGGAUUCUGGGCAGUAUUAAUCCAAGCAUCCUUCUCUUAUCAGGGCGCUGAGCUCGUCGGUGUAUGCGCUGGAGAAGCCCGUAACCCGCGCAAGACCGUUCCUCGAGCGAUCCGAAACACAUUCUGGGGCAUCCUGUUCCUCUUUGUCUUCACCAUCUUCUUUAUCGGUCUCUUGGUCCCGUCCACCGACGACCGGCUUCAAACGGGUGCCUCCGAUGCUUCGGCAUCUCCAUUGGUCAUUGCUGCAAACUUGGCUGGUGUUCCCGCUUUGCCCGACAUAAUCAAUGCCGUUCUGCUGACCGCAGUGCUGUCUGCGGCCAACUCCAACGUAUAUUCGGGCAGCCGCAUUCUCAUUGCCCUCGCAGAAGAAGGCCAGGCGCCAGCUUUCGUCACUCGAACGAACAAGCAGGGCAUCCCCUAUAUUGCCGUUGCAAUCACCUCUGCUUUUGGUCUCCUAGCAUUCCUCAACUUGUCAGCAAAUGGUGGUAAUGUUUUCAACUGGUUCCUGUAA